GGCAGCGACUAUAAAUACAAAAAAAAAUCCUUAAGAUUUGUUUGUUUCUCUCCAGUGUCUGGGCUUCGGUCCCUCCGCUCUUUGCGCGCGCGUGCGUGCGCGUGGAUGUUGCGCGUGUGUGUGGAUGCUGCGUGUGCGCGUGUGUGUGUUUGGAUCUCGGAUGGUCAUCAGUCGGCUGGUGUGCAGCAGCAUCACUCUCUUUCUUGUUUCCAUCCAGUGCGCAAACACACCGAUGUCGCGCCCUAUAACAGCGUCUUACAGUCUCCUGUCUCAAACCGGAAGAGAGUCAGUGGAGAGGACAUCUCCUCUAAGACACAGCUUUUUUUUUUACUUGGUGUUUAGUGUUUUGGGUUUUGGUGCUGGAUUGUCGUGUUUGGUCUGAAAGCUGUUUUUUUUUUCUAAUGGAUCCUCGGUGAGACUCCUAAAGUUUAUUAGGAGAGCAAGGCGUGAUGUUGAGUUGGAGUUGAACCUCAUCGGCUCAUGGCUCAUUUUUGGACCUUUCUGGAUUCUGGUUCUAUAUAGAAAAAAAAAAUCAAAUCUUUUCGGACUGCAGGAUGCGUGUGUGCGCUGCUCUGUUCUCGAUGUGUGUGCAGGAGCUGACAGGAGGAGAGUAGAUCCAGCAUCAGAGUAGAUUCCCCGCAUUAACAUUCAGCCUGAACUCUCUCGCCUGCUGUGGGACUUUUCAGCGCGAACGGAGGUGGUCACACACACACACACACACACCAAUGCCUUCAGUCGACAUCCAGCGAAAAUUGCAUGGCUUCCUAUCGCAUCCAGAGUGAAAAAUAACAAUAAGAAUCCCACCCGGACCGGAACGCAAGACUCAAUGAUCCCCAGAGGGGUUUAACGCGCAACACCACUUUUCCAACAUGUUUAAACGGGGCUGUGGGCUUGAGUUCCUGCUGGUGCUCUGUGGGUUGGAGCUAUCCUGGUCCUGCCCGCGCCACUGCAUCUGCUACUCUGCUCCCAGCACAAUCAGUUGCCAGGCCCACAACUUUCUGUCUGUCCCUGAGGGCAUUCCCCCUCACAGUGAACGUAUCUUCCUCCAGAAUAACAAAAUUCACCGGUUAAUGAAGGGCCACCUAAGUCCCACUACAGUAACGCUGUGGAUCUACUCCAACAAUAUCACCUAUAUUGAGCCCUCCACCUUUGAAGGGUUUACCUUGUUGGAGGAGCUAGACCUGGGAGACAACCGCUACCUACGUUCCUUAUCUCCAGAGACCUUUCAUGGGCUUUCCCGACUUCAUGCUCUCCACCUGUACCGCUGUGGUUUGAGUGCACUGCCAAAUAGCAUCUUCCAGGGCCUUCGCAAUCUGCAGUACUUAUAUUUGCAAGAUAAUCACUUAGAGUACCUGCAGGAUGAGAUCUUUGUGGACCUACACAACCUGAGCCAUUUGUUUCUUCAUGGGAACCGCCUGUGGAGCCUGCAUCAGAAUACCUUUAGAGGGCUGCGUGCCCUGGAUCGGCUGCUGCUUCAUCACAACCAGCUGCAGUGGGUUGAUCGACUGGCUUUCCACGACCUAAAGCGCCUCACCACACUAUAUCUGUUUAACAACUCCCUGACAGAGCUAUCUGGUGAAUGCCUGGCCAUGCUGGGGGCUUUGGAAUAUCUUCGCCUCAAUGACAACCCUUGGGAAUGUGACUGCAAGGCUUUGUCUCUUUGGGACUGGCUAAAGAGGUUCCGAGGUUCCACAUCUACAGUUGGCUGUGUGGCCCCAGCCAAUCUGGCAGGAAAGGACCUAAAGCAGCUGAAAAAAGAGGACUUCCCCAAUUGCUCUGGAUCAGAGUCACUGCACCAGAGCAAGACCAAGUUGUGGGCUGGAACAGACAAGGUUUCACUGAAGCAAGAGCCUCAACCUGCCCAGCCUUCACAACCACGCCCUCACCACCCGCACCUUGGGGAACAGUUUUCCUCUCUGCCCACACCUUUGCCUCAGCCUCCCCCUGUAAUUAAUGGAGUACAGGCAGGAAUAGGAGAUUCCCCAAAUGCGGUGACUCCUCAGAGGCCUGGUCGUUCUCGGAACUGCACACGCCAACGGAGCAGGAAUGGCAAAGGGAAAGGACCCAAUGAGGUUCAUACAUCAAAGGAAAUGGCUGACAAGGAGUUUUCCUCAUCUGACUUCACUGGGAAAUAUGACCACACAUCCCCUGACAGUUUGACGACACGGAGAAAGAAUAAAUGUACUCCCCGGACCACUAUGCGUCCCCCCAGUGGGGUCCAGCAGGCCACCAACAUGGGCAAUUCCCAGGGGCUCCACCUCCCUGUCUCUUGUAUUGUGGGACUUCUUGUGCUGCUAAGUGCUAGAUUCAUCAUACAGUGAACUUGAUGCUGGUGCAUUGCAGCUAAUUGAAAACAAUGCCAUUCUCAGAUCCACUCUAGCUCCAGCCUUCCAAGGCCUCUUUACACAAGUCUUUGUGUGUGCAAGUGCGUGUGAAUGUUUUGGGGUUUGGGGUUGGGGGGGAUCAUUGUGUGUAUGUUUAAUAAUAUGUGUAAAAUACUCUUUAAAGAUCUUUGCCAGUUAGACACUGAAAUAGACACACAUGCUUAAACAUCAUAUGCACAUAUCUGUGAAAUAGAUACAUAUGAGUGAAGAUCAGAUUGAAUUGAAAGAGAAGUACAGGCAGCCUAAACAUGCUUUCACUGCCAUUGUUGCCAAAAUAUUUUUAUUUUUAACUUGAUGGGGCACUGUAACCAAAUCACAAGUGAUAAUUAAACAAGACAUGCAAUUGGAAUAAAACAUGCAACUAAAAUGAGUUGGAUUGAAAUAUAUAAAACAUAAUAACACAAACGGCUAAUUAUACAGUAUAUUGUUAGAUUCCGACAUAAUCUCAACACAUUUCCUUCCCUUGAAGUUCUUAUAGAAAUAUAAAAUACUAUUCAACAUAAAGUGUUAUUUGUUAAUCCAGGCAAGUUUUUCCUUUAGCAUGUCCUAUGUCACAUUUGUUUGGAAAGCACCUCAUGCAACUUUUUUCUUUGAUAAAAAAUGAAUGUAAUCCUACACAUAAUUGCCUCAUCAUUCUAAAAUAUAUGUCGUGUAGUCACUUAAUCCCCGACCAUGGUGUGCUCAUUAUGGAAAUAAAUGAAUAAAUAAAGAAAGAUGGCAUGCAUAACAACUUUUAAUCAUAAUUUUGUUAUUUUUAGUGAUAUUUGUGACUUCAGCAGAUUAAUUAGGAUUAGCAGACAGAAACUGUUUACUUCUCAGUUUUAUCCUUCUCUUUAUUUUACUGCAGGAAUGUGUUUCCAAGUGUUCUUUCCUAGAUUCGCUGCCACUGAUAAAAAACCCUAAAAUGACAUACUAGCACCUAAACAGUCAGAUUUUUACCUAAUUCAGAAUUUUGAAGGAAACACAAUAGGUUAUUUCAACUAUACAAUGCUCUAACAUUCAGUAAAAAACAAACACUCCACAAGAAGCCAAUUUCUUUAUAUAUAUAUAUAUAUAUAUAUAUAUAUAUAUAUAUAUAUAUAUAUAUAUAUAUAUAUAUAUAUAUAUCAUUUUUUAAACUUGAGUUUAUAACAUGUCAUUUUGUAACAAACAUUGCUUUAAGAUGCAUCUUUGACAUUUGCUGUUUGUAUCAGUUAUUUUGCAACAGCACACUAAGGAGCCUAUUAUAACAAGCUGCUAUUAAUGUUUAACGAAGCAAACAAGGUACAUUUGCUUCAAGAACGUGUGUGUGUGUGUGUGUGUGUGUGUGUGUGUGUGUGUGUGUGUGUGUGUGUGUCUAGGAUAUAAAGCUCUGAAAAUCUAAAGAGUUGUAUUUGUUUCUUGUCUCCUGUGUUUGAUUUGGCUGAGCUGGAAACUAGAGAUGACCUGCUAAUAGGGCAUGGGAACAGGAAGUUCCCUGUGAUGACAAAGGUCAAGUAGGGAUGAACCUUUCUUUUUUUCUGCUGACAUCCCUCUGUCUGAACUGCCUAUUAAAAUGGACAACCUUUCACCCUUAGAAGGCUGUGAAAUCAACAAUUCAACAAAACUGAGAAGACAUGGGAAACUAUUCCGUCAGAUAACUUGGUGUGAUGUAUAAUAGUGAUUUUCAACAUACCAUGGCCAAAAAAAAAGCACUUUUGGAGCCAUAGGACAAAAAACUGGGGUCCAGGAGAAAGACAAUUUGUCUGUGCUGGACAGAGGGAAAAGUGUGGAUGGAUGUUCAAUCUCCAGUUACAGGUCCAGGGAAUGGCUGGAGAAUUGUGCCUCCUCUACUGAGAAAUCCUUUGUAAAUUAUAAUGAACUGUAAAAUUUCAUCAGCCAGUAGAUGGACUUGUGACUAAAGGUAAUAUUGGUACCAUGACAAAAACCAUGAAUGAAUGACAUUUAUGAUGACAACAGGGUUUUUUACUUCUCAAGCAGAGAAGGACAUUUCUUCACAUUUUUGCUUUCUGUUUUUUUUUUUUUUUGGUUCUUACAUGCUUUAGAUUCCAUUUUCAAAGAAAUGGCACAAUCCUUCCUAAUCCACCAUGCUCUCUCUCUCUCUCUCUCUCUCUCUUUCUCUAUCCCCCCCCUCCAUCCCUCCCUCUCUCUCUUCCUCCCUCCCACUUUCUCACCUGCAUCACACCAUCCUAGUUAUUCGAUGGUUUAACAAGUUGUUCUCAGAAGAUAAUACAAAAAAUGUUUAUAAGGAUAUUAAAAUCUAUAUC